AUGUUCGUUCUUUGGGCAGCCGACGCGCUCCGGGAUCUGAUGCAGCGGUGGAGGAACUACCCGUCAAGCUGGAGCUCCGGCGACCCCUGCGAGGAGUGGGACGGCGUCAUUUGCAGCGGCGGGAGGGUGACGUCGCUGAGGCUGUCAAGCAUCAACCUGCAGGGCACGCUGAGCAGCAGCGUCGGGCUGCUCACUCAGCUUGUUUUUCUGGAUCUUUCCUCCAACAUUGGCCUCAGUGGUCCGCUGCCUGCUGAGAUUGGGAACCUUGGGCAGCUUACGACACUGAUCCUGUAUGGUUGCAGCUUCACAGGAGAAAUUCCGAAGGAAAUUGGCAACUUGCCGAAGCUCUGGUUCUUGGCCCUGAAUUCAAACAAGUUUACUGGUGCGAUACCUCCUUCAAUUGGCCUUCUGUCAAACCUCUACUAUCUAGAUCUGGCUGACAAUCAGCUCACUGGACAUAUCCCCAUCUCAUCACCAACAUCACCAGGCCUUGACCUACUUGUCCAGACGAAACACUUCCAUUUCAACAAGAACCAGUUAACUGGGACACUUACAGGACUCUUCAAUUCCAAUAUGACUCUCCUGCACAUAUUGUUUGAUAGCAACCAAUUAACAGGCUUGAUCCCGGCUGAGCUUGGGAGCAUUACAACGCUGGAAGUUGUUCGAUUGGAUAGGAAUGGUUUUCUGGGUGCAAUUCCUAGUAGCAUCAGCAAGUUGGUCGGACUGAAACAGCUGAAUUUAGCAAGUAACAAGUUAACUGGAUCAGUUCCAGAUCUCAGCAGCAUGACCAAAUUAAACGUUGUGGAUUUGAGCAACAACACAUUUUAUGCUUCAGUGGCCCCUCUCUGGUUCACAACUUUAACAUCUCUGACUUCUGUGUCAAUGGCUUCUGGAAAUCUUUCGGGUCAGGUCCCCAAGGAGCUCUUCACAUUGCCCCAGCUGCAGCAAGUUGUGCUGAGGAACAACGCAUUGAAUGGAACCCUUGAGAUGACAGGCACAAUCAGCAGUCAACUACGGACAGUAAAUCUCCGGGACAACCGUAUAAUUUAUGCCAAUAUCCAGACCUACAACGACACACUUGUGCAGCUGGUAGGGAACCCGUUGUGCGCCGAUCAAGAUUACUCCGGCCGACCCUUCUGCAGCAUCCGGCAGCAAGACAACACGAUAGCAUACACCACGAGCACGACGCAAUGCAGCAGCAGCAGCUCAGCAGCUCAGUGCCCUGACGGCCAGAGCCUAGACCCCGCAAGCUGCGGCUGCGCCUUCCCGUACAGCGGCAGGAUGGUGUUCAGGGCGCCCUUCUUCGCCGACGUGACGGCCGCCGGCGGCGAGCCGUUCCGACGGCUGGAGACGAGCCUGUCGGCGCAGCUGGGCCUGCGCCCCGGCGCAGUCUACCUCUCUGACGUCCACUGGGACAGUGAUAGCUACCUCCAGGUUCAGGUGAGGCUGUUCCCAUCCUCUGGGGUGGCCUUCAACAUGUCGGAGCUGUUGAGGAUUGGCUUUGAUCUCAGCAACCAGACUUACGUUGCGCCGCCGAAUUUUGGGCCUUAUUUCUUCAAUGCAGACCCACAUUCCUCCUCGCCCCCUUUGUUAGGUGCUGAUGGCAACAAAUCUAAGAACACCACUCUUAUUAAAGCUGUAAAAGCUGUUGGUGGUGUUCUUGCUGGUGUUGUCUUUAUUAUUAUUAUUGCCUGUGUCUCGUAUCGCUGUUCCCUAAAGAAGAGAAGGACCAAGAAACCUACUCAAAAACAAGAUCCUCAACCCAUCGCACACACAUCAACAGCAGCAAACAACACCCCACACGAGGCGGCGCCGCCGCAUCCGGCUCCACGCGAGGAGGCGCCGCGGAGAGACGGCGACGGCGACGACGACGACGAGGGGGCUCCGCAGGUGGACUGGCCGCGCUUCACCAUGGACGAACUGAACGAGUGCACCGACAGCUUCUCGGACGGUAACAAGGUGGGGGAGGGAGGCUUCGGGAGCGUCUACCGCGGGACGCUCAGGGACGGCACCGCCGUCGCCAUCAAGCGCGCGAAGGCCGAGACGGCGCCGGACCUCGCUCGCGAGAUCAUGGCGAUGCACAGGCUGCACCACCGCAACCUCAUCAGACUCGUCGGCUAUUACUAUGAGAAGGGCGAGCUGAUGAUCGUAUCCGAGUUCGUCUCCAACGGCAAUCUCCAAGAGAACUUGAGGGUGAGGAGUGAAUCCAUGAAUUGGCAUACAAGGCUAAGAAUUGCACUUGACUCAGCGAGAGGGCUUGCCUAUCUGCAUGAGCACAUCCACCCAGCGAUCAUCCACCGUGAUAUCAAAUCCAGCAACAUCCUCCUUGACGACAACCGUGAAGCUAAGAUUGCCGAUUUCGGCAUCUCCAAGCUAUUAGCCAACACCAAUGAGAGCCAUGUCUUCACCCUAGUGAAGGGAACACUGGGUUAUCUUGACCCAGAGUACGUGACGACGAACGAGCUGUCGAAGAAGAGCGACGUGUAUAGCUUUGGGAUCGUGAUGCUGACGCUGGUGAGCGGGAGGGAGCCGGUCCAGGACGGCGAGAACAUCGCCGACAAGGUCAGGCGCGCCGUCGAGAACCACGACCGCGACGGCCUAAGUGACCUCGUGGACCGGACGAUUCGGGACGACAGCGCGUGCACCGCCCCGGCGCUCCAGCGGUUCUUGCGGCUGGCCUUGCGGUGCGCGAGCUCGAAGGCGGCGGCGCGCCCUUUCAUGGGCGCCGUAGUGAAGGAGCUCGAGGCCAUCCUGCAGAGCAGUAGUCCUGCCGCCGGCGACAGCUCGUCGUCGUCGUCGUCUACCUCCGAGUCGGAGGGCGCCGGGGGCAGCAGGCGCGCGCGCAUCCCUGCGGCGAGCGACGCGGAGGGCGUUGGGUGCUCGUCCGGUGGCAGCAACACGCCGGAUCACACGCCUUUCUUGAGGUCAAGACCGAGCGAUCGUAGGACGUUGUAA